CAAAUCCUCCAAGUUGGUGUCAGCCAGCUUACACUGGACAGUACUAGUAUGAAAACAGUUCAUGUGCGAAUAAGACCACAUCCUUUUUUCUUGCAACCACGACCAUUUUUAUCUCCGUCGUUUCCACGUUCAUUACCCACCGGAUGAUGUCCCUCAGAACCAUCUUCAUAUCUUUUCUUCUUAUCAGCAUAGCCCACGGUAGUCCUAUCGAUUCACCCAGAGAUGACGCACAGCAGGUAGAGACCGUCCCAUUCACCGGGGUUAAUCCCACAGAUCCACCCCUAGCGCACGGUCCUGACGGUCUCCGCCCCGCCUCAGCUGCAAUGGCAAUGAUCAUUGGCGCUGCCCAGUUCAAGGGGAAUGAUACUCCUGGAACCGUGCCCACACCCUACGAGAAGCACACCACCCCUACGGCUCCCACUGCUUUAUUCCUUUCCCCCACUACCCAUGCGACAGCCUCGCCGACUCCCAGCCUCCACGUCUCCGAAAGCCCACCUGAUAUUAAAUCUGCGCCACAGUCAAAUCCCUCUCAGCGCAACGUCCUCGUCCUCGCCAUUGUUGUCAGUUCUGUCCUCGCUCUCGUGGUCUGCGUCACCAUCAGCAAGUACACUCUCGAGUACCUCCGGAAGGCAAAGCGCAAGUUACGACUGUCGCAGGAGUCUUGGGGACACAGGGAGAGGCCGUUCCCUUCUGAAGUGCCUGUGCCAGAUACAGAAACAGAGCACCAGAGCUUGAAGACAUUCUCGUUUCCCGGCCAGCCGGCCCGCAAGGACGUGCGUCUGUAUGACCCCAACGAACCAUCAUCCAAGCCCACCAUGCGCACCCGGUUCAGCAACCUAAUCGCGUAUACUGCAUUCAGGCACCGUGAUCACGACAGCGUCACCACCCAAGACAGUGCUUCCUCCACGCCCUACCUUCUCAAUGUCCCCGGCCAUUCAGAUCACUCUCGUACAAGGAGCGCGCCCAUCAUCACUCACGAUGACUCCACGGCUACUGUGAAACCUGCCAAGUCUACAGAAUCAGAUUGGGAUAUUGCGAGGUCGUCCUAUCGUGUAUCGCAGGCGAGCGCCAAUGUCCCGAGCUCUUUGCUUCCUUCUAGAGGCAGCAGGUUGUCCAGACUCGAUUCGACGUGGUAG